AUGUCAGCUGUGGCGGUGCCUACAUCUGCUAAAGAGGCUAGAAAGAAACGUAUUUUAUUCAAAUGCGCUCUAACAAAUACGAUCUCAGAUGUUUUGGCGAAUAGAGAAGGAUGGGCUCCAACUUUGUGAGUUUGAAUAAAUUGAAAUUUGAAAAAUAGUAGAAUUCUGGACAUUGUACAGUAGUUCUGACGUACAAACUGCAAACAUUACUAUUGCAAUUUCCAGUUUUUGUUUCAGAAAUGAUGAUUGGAACUUUUUUGGGUGACUCGAGAAUGGAUGACUAAUUGUUACGAUAAACAUAAAUUCAACGACAAACAAUUGAUUUGUCAUUUUAGAAAUGAUUUCGAAUUGACUCGCAAAGAUUUUCUGAUCAAGAAUUAUAAAAAAGCGCGAAAGGCCAAAGAAAAAUCAGGAGUCGAUGUGACAAAUGAAUUCAGCUUCAUUCCGUCAAGCUAUGUUCUACCGGUUUGUAUUUAUGAAUUUGGAAAACUCAAAUAUAAUGUGGAGCUUUUUGCAGACAGAGUAUCAUUUGUUUGUCGAGGAAUUUCGAAAAUAUCCAGCCGAGACAAUUUGGAUUAUGAAACCAGUUGCUGGAGCACAAGGAAAAGGAAUAUUUCUUUUUCGAAAAUUGAAACAUGUUCAAGAUUGGAAAAAGGUCCAACCUCUCUGAAAAUAAAAAAAAACAACCAAAACUACAUUUUCAGAAAGAUGCAUCUGGAAGUGAAGCUCUUCCUUAUGUUGUUCAAAGCUAUAUUGCCAAUCCAUAUUUGGUUGGUGGAAAAAAGUUUGAUGUUCGACUUUAUGUUUUAGUCACUUCGGUAAAAUCAAUAUCCAGAUUUUUAUUUUGAAAUUAGAUUUAUUUCCAGUUUCGUCCUCUCAAUGCUUGGGUUCAUCGAGAAGGUUUCGCAAGAUUUUCACAUUCGAGAUAUUCGACAGAUAGUGUAGAUGAUGCUUGUGAGUCAUUGAUAAACAAUCUAAUUGAACUUCUAAUAUCUCAUUAAAGUUGUUCAUCUAACAAAUGUGGCUGUUGCAAAAACAGCUGCGGAUUAUGACCCGGAACGUGGUCUCAAAUGGAGUCUUCCAAAAUUAUUUCGAUUUUUCCGAUCAAUGCACGGUCAUUCAAAGGUGAGCGGCGACUUCUAAGAAAGUUCUUUGAUCCCAUUAAUUUGUCUCAGGUAUCGAAGAUGAUGGAAGACUUGGCAAAAGUGAUUAUUGAGAGUUUGAGAAGUGUGCAUCACAUCAUAAUUCAGGAUUCACAUUGUUUUGAGUUGUAUGGAUAUGACAUUCUUUUUGAUGAAAAUCUUAAGCCGUGGCUGUUAGAGGUUCUUCCGUUUCUAAUACCAUUAUUUUAAACAUUUUAUGUAUUUCUUUGUCAGGUCAAUGCAAGCCCAUCACUUACUGCGUCAUCUCAAGAAGAUUUCGAAUUAAAAUAUCGAGUUUUGAAUCACAUGUUGGAUGUUUUAGAUAUCGAGAAGAAGUAGGAUUUUUUAAAGAAAUUAAAAAUAUCCCUUUAAUUUUUAUAGAUUACUCGGCAAUGAAACAGAAAUUGGUGGAUUCGACAUUCUUAUCCGAAACAAUAAACCGGUCGAAAAAAAUCGUAUGCCAAAUCACAACAAUUCCAAUUUCAUUCCAACACUAAAUCUACGACUAGGUUUGAUUAUUUUAUGAUUUUCUCGCUGUCUGUCUCUUUUUCGAUCAGCUAUCUUCUAGCUUCCUCAUAAAAUUAGCCAAUUAAAAGUGCAUAAAAUUCGGGCAGGUGUGAGUGUAUCAAAAGUACGAAUAGAUGAAGAGGGAAAAAUGAAACCAGCUGAUUUGUUCUUGUUUGAUUCUAGUCUAAAAAUAUAGUCGAAAGGAAUUGUUGUUUUUGUCUGGAAAUAAAAAUAAAAAUAAAAUUUUUAGGGUUAAAUUUAUUUGAUUUUCCUAUUUUGUUUGGGUGGUUUACGACAAUAUUUUAUUUGUAGAUAUAGAACAAAAAUGCUUUUGACACUUUUCAUAAUUGGAUUUUUGCAGACAUUUUUUCAUUCCUCAGGAAAUGGAAAAUUCACAAAGUUCAUUUCAAAAAUCUGAGGUUUUGCGAUUCAAAAACUCCCGAGAAAAUUUUCAAAUAAUUUCAUUCGAACUUUCAACUCAAAAGGUUUUCCAUCAUCAUCAAAAAUAAAAUUUCUACUAACCAAAAAAAACUUUAGUUUCUGUUUUUUUCUUCCAAUUUUACCCAAGUACUCUCUUCUCUUCGAACUACAAGUUAAUCCUUUCUAUAGGAUUAUCUUUGUUCAUCUCAUCCAAUUUUCCAAAAGCCAUUUUUUUCCAGGUGACUAUGUCGAACAAACUCCAAUGCCGUAA